AGCUGACUGGCGAAGUCCUGCUUAAGAGAUGCCAGGGUGACCUAUGUAGAUUCUCAGGGUGGAACUGUAGGAACAAACCAGUGUCAAUGGUUAACCCAGAUUCUUGUUGUUCAGGGGUUUUCUUUCCUUUAUUAUUAACUAAAGAACAUUCUUGCCAUUGCCCAGCUGAGAGCACCCAGCUCAUAGAUUCUCUAUGGGGAAAGUGAGUAAAGAAUAUGAAAAUUGUGGUACAUCUGAAGCAUUAGUCUCAUACAAAACAAGACCACAACAACAUUUGAAACUGAAACACUGAGGUUUUAACUGAAAACUCAAAUUAACAAAUAAUACCACACCUAGCACUAUUACUACUACAAAACUCACCUGAAUGCCCUAAGAGCAUAAGCAAGAAUGAGCUACUACGGCAGCAGUUAUCGGAGUGCGAAUGUGGACGCCAAAUACCCAGGGUAUCCGCCAGAAAACAUGAUAGGUGAGAAGAGAAGAGCAAGAAGACGUCUGCUCCACAAAGAUGGUAGCUGUAAUGUAUACUUCAAGCACAUUUUUGGAGAAUGGGGGAGCUACGUGGUUGACAUUUUCACCACUCUUGUGGACACCAAAUGGCGCCAUAUGUUUGUGAUAUUUUCUUUAUCUUAUAUUCUCUCCUGGUUGAUUUUUGGCUCCAUCUUUUGGCUCAUAGCCUUUCAUCACGGAGACCUGUUAAAUGAUCCAGACAUCACACCAUGUGUGGACAACGUGCAUUCUUUCACAGCAGCAUUUCUAUUCUCCCUUGAGACCCAGACCACCAUUGGAUAUGGCUACCGUUGUGUCACUGAAGAGUGCUCCAUGGCAGUGCUCAUGGUGAUCCUUCAGUCCAUCCUCAGUUGCAUCAUAAACACCUUCAUCAUUGGAGCAGCCUUGGCUAAAAUGGCAACUGCACGGAAGAGAGCCCAGACCAUUCGUUUUAGCUACUUUGCACUCAUAGGCAUGAGAGACGGGAAGCUAUGUCUCAUGUGGCGCAUUGGUGACUUCCGACCAAACCAUGUGGUAGAAGGAACAGUUAGAGCUCAGCUUCUUCGCUACACAGAAGACAGCGAAGGGCGAAUGACGAUGGCAUUUAAAGACCUCAAAUUAGUCAAUGACCAGAUCAUUUUGGUGACACCAGUCACUGUCAUUCAUGAAAUUGACUGUGAGAGUCCUCUGUAUGCCCUUGACCGAAAAGCAGUGGCCAAAGAUAAUUUUGAGAUUUUGGUGACAUUUAUCUAUACUGGUGAUUCUACUGGGACAUCUCACCAGUCUAGAAGUUCUUAUGUCCCCCGGGAGAUCCUCUGGGGCCACAGAUUUAAUGAUAUCUUGGAAGUAAAGAGAAAGUAUUACAAAGUGAACUGCUUACAGUUUGAGGGAAGUGUGGAAGUGUAUGCCCCCUUUUGCAGUGCCAAACAAUUGGACUGGAAAGACCAGCAGCUCCACAAUAUGGAGAAAGCAUCCCCAGUCCGAGGAUCCUGCACAUCAGACACCAAUGGAUCAUUUAGUGCAGUUGCCAUUGUCAGUAGCUGUGAAAACCCUGAGGAGAAUGCCACUUCUGUCACUGAUGAGUAUAAGGAUCCACCUUAUCAGAAAGCUUUCCUGACUUUACGUAGAAUUUCUAUGGAAUCCCAGAUGUAAUCCCAGAUCGAGGAGGGCUAGCACUUGAUCUAGUUACCUUCCAGCCAAUCAUCUUAAGGCAAGUAGUUGAAACGAUGCCUUUUAAAAGUAAUAUGCCUAUGUUGUAUGAUGAUGGCAGUAAGUAGAAUAGGAUAAACUUGGUAAAGGAUAAUCUACAUUUUCCAUAGUUUUUUAUUAUUAAAAAUUUUUGCUAGAAAAUUUUGUGUUAGGAAUGCUAUUAAGAAGUCUGGUUGAUUAAACUUCAUCUUUUAUUCGCUUAUAUCCUGGUGUCUUCAAUUAGAAAUGUGAUAUUCAGUAGUAAGAGGUAAAGGCAAGAUGCUGAAAUUAAAAAAAAAUAGGAAGACUGGUAAGCUAGGAUAAAUUACAAGUUUUAAAGUCUAUAAAAAUUGAAAAUAGAUAGUAAUUUCUUAUAAAAAGCAUCUAAUCAAGACAUGCAAAGUAUACAUUUAUCACUGUAACAUUGAGACAUGAAGCUGUGACACCAAUAGGUUGUGAGUCACUAUAUUGCCUCUUAAAGUUUCUUGUUAUUAACAAGCAUAGUGGUUGUGAAAUUGAUAAUCCCACCAAUUCAGAGAAUUCUUCCACUGCCAUUUGUUCUGGUAAUGAUUAAUGAUUAGUCAGUGCUAGAAGCAUUUCUUUUUGCUAAAUCAUGGCAGAAGAAAAAUUAACAUCAUUAUUUACUACAAUAUUUUUCUCUUAAAUAUCUUCCUUGACUCCAACAAAUGGGGAACAGAAAUAAGAUCAUGACCUUUCUGAAUUCCUGUGUCAACCUCCCACUUUUCUGAAGGACAUGGUACAAAGACAGAAUCAUACACGUGGGUUGAGGGGAUGGAUAGCAACUGGAAACAUCUUCAGCCCACUGAAGAAGAAAUAUUGUUUACCUGUGUCCUAAAAGGUUGCAAUGCUGUGUGCUAUAUAAGGGUUAGAGCACUCUACCUGAGAAUGGUUGGGGAAGAAGGAGGGAAUUAUUUAUGCUCAGAAGCAGUUAUUUAUGCCUCCUUUCUUCGUCCCUUUAUAUAGACAUAAAUGACUCAAAUUGUAGAUUUUAAGAAACUUGUUGAACUUGGAUCAAUUGGAUUGUUUUGUGAAAUAUGAUACAAUUAAGGUGAUUAAAUGAGUAAUUUGAAUGCUAUGGGUGUGCUUAAUUUUAGGACAUGAGAUAAAUUUUUAUUUUCUAUUUCCAGCUUACAAGAUGUUUGACCAUGUUUAAGCACAAACCCAAUCACAUAUGAGUGAAGAGUUACUUUAAGCUUUAUAAAUAGCAGUUAUUAGCUAGAUUUGGAAUUUUUUGUGUGCUUUUCUGCUGUCACUGAGCUGGCAAUAAGUUUAUGUUGCAGUUUUUGUUUGCUUAUUUUAUUUAAAAUACACAUACACACAAUUCUGCUUUU